AUGGGAUCAGAAAGGAUUGCCCUUCCUGCAAUGAAGUCUGCGCUUGUUCCGUUCCGCCCAGCUGAAAAUGUGACGCCUGCGCUGUCUAGAGCCAGCCAGAUCGACGACCCGAUUGAGACCACUUAUGUCAGAAUGCUCAGGGAAGAGGCAGAAAUGGACAUCAGCUUCAAUAUCACGGUCGGUAUGGCUAAUUGGGCACUGCUGGCCGGUUAUCUCGUCAUCCCCGGCACGUUCACUUCACUGCAAACUUCAAACCAGGUCGAAAAGGCUUUGCAAGUCAACAAAGCCGGUCGUACCGUGCUGCAUACCAUCCAGAACCCUCCAUUACUCGGGAUUGCGUGCCUUCUUCUUGUGAGUGGCAUUGGAGCUCUCAUGUGGCUGAUGCACUUCCCAAAGCUCAGAGGAAAUUACCUAUGGCUGAUCAAUAAACUCUUUGUGCCUCUAUGCUUGAAUGCUGCCGCCGGGCUGCUGACCACUGUCAUCAACGUGUGUACCUCUCAAGGUGGAGACUGGUCUGUAAUGGCAAUUGUCACAACUGCUGUAACUGAAGCGAUACUUUUUAUCUGUUCAGCACUUCUGGCGAUCUACAAAUUCUACAAGUUGGAGGAGAUUAUAAAAGAAGAUGAGUAUAUCAGGCGUUUUCGAGCUGCGAUCUCAAAGUGA